GAACUUGAGCACAGCCUGCGGACCUCGCUGGGUUCCUCCCUGCUCCUGGAUAUUCUGCACAGGACCAUUCUCCACCCUUUGUGUGUGAAAUAUCCCCCUUCAGCCCAGUACAGAAGAUGCUUUCUAACUGAACUCAUCAAAAAGCAUGAAUCCACCACAGCUGAGCCCCUGGAUGAACUGUACGAUGCACUGGCAGCUAUUUUAAAUGAAGAAGAAUCUACUCACUGUUACAAACACUACUUACUGCCUACAGGAGAGUAUGUCACCCUCUCUGAGAGCAUGGCAGUGAUCUCUGGAGGAACCACAGGGCUCGUCACAUGGGAGGCUGCUCUGCACCUCGCUGAGUGGGCACUGCAGAACCCCACAGGCUUCAGGAACAGGACAGUCUUGGAAUUAGGAAGUGGGAUCGGCUUCACUGGAAUUGCCAUCUGUAAAACCUGCAAUCCCAAGACAUACAUAUUUAGUGACUACCACCACCGUGUUCUCCAACAGCUGAAGGAAAACAUCUGUUUGAAUGGCUUUGUCCUGCAGCCUGAAGCUGCCCAGCAGAUCCAGCCAGAAUCUGGAGGCCAGGAGGCAGAAGGAACAAAUCACCAAACCCCAAAAGUAGUUGUUGCAGAACUUGAGUGGGGCUCAGUUACAGAAAAACAGCUGUUGGCUCUUCAACCUGAUGUCAUCAUUGCAGCAGAUGUGGUAUAUGAUCCAGAGAUCAUUGGAGCCCUUGUUGGUCUGCUACAGCAACUCUCCACUUCCAGAGCAGACAGAAAACCUCCCGACGUCUACAUUGCUUUCACAGUCCGGAAUCCAGACACCUGUCACCUCUUCCAGGCUCAACUUGAUAAAGCUGAGAUUGGGUGGCAGAUUAUUCCAGCCCACAGCAAUCGUGUUUUCCUCUGUGAUGUGCAGUCAAAUGUAACUAUUCUCCAGCUAUUUAUAUAG